AUGGCUAUGGCAAGAGAUAAAGAAGAUGAAGAAGAGGUACAGAAUCAAAAUCAAAAGGGUGGGAAGAGGUUGAAAUGCAUGAACAUGAUGAAGAAUGAACAAGAAAACCAAGUUGUUGAUGAAGAAGAUGAAAGCGAACUUCCAUUGAAACCAGAGUUUUUCUGCUACCCAACAACUCCAACUUCCUUUGUUGUUUCAGAUGCACUUGAAUCUGAUUUUCCAAUCAUUUAUGUCAACAAAGUGUUUGAAAUUUCAACUGGGUAUCGUGCUCAUGAAGCCCUUGGUCGUAACUGCCGGUUCUUACAGUAUAGAGAUCCUCGAGCUCAGCGGCGGCAUCCUUUGGUGGAUCCGGUUGUGGUGUCGGAGAUUAGGAGAUGUCUUGAGGAAGGUAUUGAGUUCCAAGGUGAACUUCUGAAUUUCAGGAAGGAUGGUACUCCUUUGGUGAACAGACUCAGGCUUACACCUAUUCAUGAUGACGAUGGAAUUGUGACACACGUGAUUGGUAUUCAAAUCUAUUCGGAGGCGAACAUUGAUCUUAACCAUGUUUCGUAUCCGGUUUAUAGAGAGACUUGCAUUCAAGAUUUUGAUAAAAAUAGUAAAUAUUCUCCCAAGAGUGGAAGAUUGUUGUACAGUCCGCAGCAGCAUCAGCGGCGGGAGAUGUGUGGCAUUCUUCAGCUUUCUGAUGAAGUCUUGGCGCAUAAUAUUUUAUCGCGGUUGACACCAAGGGAUGUUGCGUCGAUUGGUUCUGUUUGCAGGAGGAUCCGUCAACUGACAAAGAACGAGCAUGUUAGAAAGAUGGUUUGUCAAAAUGCAUGGGGAAAAGAAGUGACGGGUACAUUGGAACUGAUGACCAAGAAGUUAGGAUGGGGUCGUCUAUCUCGAGAGCUUACUACUCUCGAGGCAGUUUGCUGGAAGAAAGUGACAGUUGGAGGCGCAGUCGAGCCGUCCCGCUGCAAUUUCAGCACUUGUGCUGCAGGAAAUAGGCUUGUAUUGUUCGGAGGAGAAGGAGUUGAUAUGCAGCCUAUGGAUGAUACUUUUGUUCUAAACCUCGACGCUAAAAAUCCAGCAUGGGAAAGGGUUAUCGUGAAAGCAUCCCCGCCGGGACGGUGGGGUCACACGCUAUCUUGCUUAAAUAGUUCUUGGCUAGUGGUUUUCGGUGGAUGCGGUAGACAAGGUUUGCUCAAUGAUGUGUUUGUGCUUGACUUGGAUGCUCAACAACCAACAUGGAAGGAGGUCUUCGGUGGAGCACCACCUCUUCCGAGAUCAUGGCACAGUUCUUGCACAAUUGAAGGUUCCAAAUUGGUGGUCUCGGGCGGCUGCACGGAUGCCGGAGUGCUUCUUAGGGACACGUAUUUACUUGAUCUAACAAUAGACAAUCCUACAUGGAGAGAAAUUCCAACUCUAUGGACUCCGCCUUCUAGGUUAGGACACUCGCUCUCGGUCUAUGGUAGGACAAGGAUUCUCAUGUUUGGUGGACUUGCUAAGAGUGGACACUUAAGGUUAAGAUCAGGUGAUGCUUAUACAAUUGAUUUAGAAGCUGAACAGCCGCAAUGGAGGCAACUAGAAUGUAGUUCAUUCACUGGUUUAGCGAAUCAAAACGCGGUUGUACCUCCUCCUAGACUAGAUCAUGUUGCUGUAAGCAUGCCUUGUGGGAGGGUCAUUAUAUUUGGGGGUUCCAUCGCAGGUCUUCACUCGCCGUCUCAGCUAUUUCUAUUGGACCCUGCAGAAGAGAAACCAUCAUGGAGGAUCCUCAAUGUUCCGGGGCAACCACCUAAGUUUGCUUGGGGUCAUAGCACUUGUGUGGUUGGAGGGACUAGGGUUUUGGUGUUGGGUGGACAUACCGGAGAGGAAUGGGUACUCAACGAGUUGCACGAGUUAUGCCUGGCAAGUCGGCAGGACUCCGACAUGUAA